AUGUCUGCACCUAAAGAAAUAAACAAUUUAAGUGAAACAAUUGUGAGAAAACUUCAAGAAAUUGUAACUCAGACAAUGGAACAAGAACAAGUUCCGAUCUUAAAAUAUAACAAAAUUGUUUCACAUGCCUUUGAACCAACCAAAGGUAGUUUAAAAGCAGCAGGGUAUGAUUUGAAAAGCCUGCUAAAUACUAUUGUACCAGCGAAAGAUAAAGCAACAAUUCCAACUGGUAUAAAAUUGGAAUUGGAACCUCAAAAUUGCUAUGGUAGAAUAGCACCAAAGUCUGGUUUGGCUGUAAACCAUUUUAUUGAUGUGGGAGCAGGAGUUAUUGACGAAGAUUACAGAGGAGAGAUUAAAGUGGUUUUAUUCAACCAUUCAGAUGAAGAUUUUCAUAUACCCUGCUUCGCGAUCAGUCGAACAGCAGCCGCUGCAGCGCGGGCUGUCGCUGCUUUAGUCGCGCUGCACAAGCCAAAUUGGUUCCAUUUGAAACUGUACAAACCAGUGCAGCGGCUGGAGGUGCAGCUGCUAGCCGCCGCCGCAGCCAGCCGCGGCACCGAAAUCGCACCUCAAGUCUCACUCAGAAUCUUGAAAUUAGUGGAGUAA